UAAAUGGAGAGGAAGCAGACAGAAGAAAAGGAGAAGAGCAGACUAGGCCUAGUGAAGCAUAUAUUUUGGAGGAAUUUGUACUAAUGAGAAUGAAGAGAUAGGGCUGCAUCUGACAAGAUCUAGAUGACAAUCAGUCACUUCAGUUCCCACCAGAAAACUGCAUCUCAGCCUUACUGAGAAGCAGUCGGUCAUUUCUCCAAAUUUUAAUCCAGGAUGACUUCUCCUGCUAAAGAAGGAAGUAAUCCAGCUGACAACGCUCUGAAAAUUUCUGAAAAUGAGGCUCCAAAUGACUGUAGUGCAGACAUAGAGCCUUCAUUUGCUAAUCCCAGUAUGAUCUCUCAGGCGGAAUCCAACCCAAUGAACAGGGAGCCAAGCACAUCAACCUCCCAGGAGGAUGCUGUUCUUCUAACAGCGGAAAAUAUUGAGCUUGAAGCAGAAAAGAUUCAAAAAGAUUCUCAAAAGGAAGAUGCAUCACAAAACUCUCUUGUAGUUCGGAUGCCUAUUCCCAGAAAAUUGAUCUUUCUUAUGUCAGGACUAGGGAGAAUUACUCAUCUGAGUAUCCCACUGCUAAAAACUGAUAAAGGCAACUUCUUAAGUGACAGACCAGUAUUCUACCCAGGGAAAGUGGAGAUAAAAGUGAAUGAUUUUUGUCACAAUAUCAUAAAUUACAAAAUUCCUCUCCAACUUUCAAUUCAAUGGAGAAUACCAUUCAUUAAUAAUCAUGAGAUAAGAGGAAUGAUUCUCCGUCUGCUGUGUGGGAGACAUUUCUCUCAGACUGUAGGUCAUCAAAAUAGCAUGUGGAUGAAACAAAAAUAUAUAGCAUUCGUUCCUAGACCAAAUGUCCUCACCCAUGGUGAGAGAACCAUAAUAUUUGGAAGGCCUUUGAGGGUGUACUACUAUCGUUCCCUCAUUGACCGAAUGACAUCAGGAAAAUUUUACAAAUCAAGUGAUAAAGGGAGGGAUGGGUUUCAAAUAUUUUUGAGGCCAGGGUUCUAUAUUCCACGGACCCAAAUCCAAAGUACAUCCAACAGAAAAAUUUUUGAAAAUCAUUUGAGAUCUCACCAUAACAUGAGAGUUGUUAUCAUAAGCAUUGAUAAUGGAUGGAAAUAUCUGUGUCCCAUCUGUGGGUGUUGUUUCAGCAAUUUUAUUGAAUUUAGACAGCAUUCCUGCAGCUUUCCUGGGAACUAAACUGGGGUAAAUUUAUUUUAAAAUUUAAUUUCUAAAAAUUUGUAAUUUGACUACCAAAUUGGAACAAAAUUGCAUGAACAAAAAAAAAUCAGUAUUAUUAGAUGGAGUUGCAGAAAGAAAUACCAACUAAAAGGAUAUGUCAGUAAGAAACAUCUUUGGAAAAAAACAAAUGCCUUCAUUUAUUCUGGGCUAUUAUGAAUAAAUUUUCAAAAUAUCGAGACUGAUUUGUAUUAUCAUUUGAAUCAAGACAAUGUUUGCACUCCAAUAACAUCUACUUUUGCAAACUAACAGACUACUGAUAAAGCAAAAAUAUAUUGGAUGACAAGACAAUCUUAUCAGGUGAUCCUAAAAAUUCUGCUGAUUUCAAUUUCUCCACUAAUUCAAUAAAAAUCAUUUAAAGACAUUGA